AUGGGGAUUUUCCGUCAAGCUGACACAGCUCAAGGUUGACCUCGGACGAACUCUAGCUAAACAUAAAUCGCAGGAAUCAUUAGUUGGGCGAGAGAGGAGACGUCUGCUGGGCUAAAAAGCGCGGCCGUUUUACAGCAGCCGCUGGCCAGGCACGUCCAGGUCCUCGAGCAGCCGCCUCAUCCGUCUCGCCCUUCCUUCGGCCAACAUAUCGCAACAUUUGCAACAAUUCGGCACCUGCUCGUUGAUUCCGAGCUACCACAAUACAACUACUGCCAGCCCUUUGGACUUGACACCUUGAUCUUCUGGAGACACUCGAAGGGUCCCUUAAGGAGGUCUAACCGUAGAAUGCUCACCGGGAAGCUUUUUAAUAAGAAAAAAAAAGCAGGGCUACCACAAUACAACUACUGCCAGCCCUUUGAACCCGACCCCUUGAGCUUCUGA